AUGCACCAUGAGCACUGGACAACGGGUCGUUUUCCUCCACGAAUAAAGCCGCGAUUUCAGUCGUUGGCCGCUUUGUCGUUCGGCGGGCGAGAAGAGGAUAAUAUCAGUGUGAAACAUAAUAGUAAAGUUCCAGGUUCGUACAAUAUUUGCAUUGUUUUGACGCAUGCGCGCGCGCACGAGUACUUGAGCGGAAAUACCCUCUUUUGGGUGAUUCGAAUUUCGCAUUCGAAAAUCGAGGGAGGGGGUAAUGGUCAAGGCCGGUGAAAGGAAAAAGUUUAGGAGGAAAUGAGGCAUAAGGAAAAAUGUUUCAUGUGAAAACCAGGAACUAACUAUCUUUUCAGGAAAUUGUUUCAUAUACUUAAAUUCCAGAAGACAUCCCAGUACUCCGCCGUCGAAAAUUCACCCGCCAACAGCGAAAAUCACUGAUAAUCGAGCCGGACACCUCCCUGAUUUUGGCUGGAAUCAAUCAGACGAGUAGUUCGAGUGACGACGAUGUCAAAGUGAUUUCCAAAAAAAGCCAUUAUCAGUUUUUGUAGGAAAAAGUUUUCAGUUGAACGGUAACACGUUGCCAUCGGAUUUUGGAGGAGCGGGGCGAAGGAAGUACGCAGCGAGGAGACGGAUCAAAAAACGAUUUCAUUCGACGAGCAAUUUGCAGCAAAGGUCGAUGGAAAACGACGAGAAUCUGUGGGUUUUUUUUUCGGGGUGACUCUAAUUGACACUUUUAUCGAUUCGGUCGAUAAGCAAAAGUGAAAUGUGUGUUGUUGGCCCGUGCCCAAACGGGCUUUUCGCUUUCUAAUCGACAUUUAUAUUGUACAAAUCUACAGAAGUGUCGCCACAAAAUCAUUGAGUGUGCGCGAUUUGAACGGAGAUAACAUCGAUUUCAACAAUCGGGAUUCGGUUAAAAAGUAACCACUUUUUGCUUCAUCAAGUCAUUUUCCUUUUUUUUUUCGCUUUUCAGGUGGACUUCCCAAAUAUUCGCCGAAUUGGAGGCGAUUCCAACGAGUAGGCGGGGUUCUAUGGACACUUUUUCGCUUUCUGUGAGUUUCUUUUCCAAACGUUUUUCAACAAAGGCAUUAUACGUACUUCUGUGCAGAGAUCGAUCCUGAGUCCUCCAGAAGUGAUAAUAGACCUUGCCGCGUCAUCAUCGUUUCCUCCUCCUUCUCCUCCAAACGAUCCGGAUCCAGUACCUGCACUUCAACCUCCGACUCCGAUGAAAAGGCGAAAGUUUCCAGUGAUUGACGACGUCGAGAAUUCAGAUGACACGCAUUUUUUGACGCCAAAAGUGCAAGAGGAUGUUGUCAGUCCUACUGUAAGCUUUUUGUGAACCCACUAUUGUAUUUACUGUUAACACGGCGACCAAAAACGUAGAAAGGGGCGUGGCCUAGCGUGCACGGUUUAUCACCAUUUUGGCGCGAGAAAUUCGAAAUUUAACCCCAUUUUUCAUGUUAUUCGUCAAAAAUUACCCAAAUUUUGUACGAUUUUGACGAUGUAAUUGCAUAACUUUUUUUAAAUUAAUCAUCGCGCACUUUUUGAGCUUUAAACGAGCAGGUUUUAUUCAGAAAUGAAUCAAUUGAAUCGAUUUUCAAGUUUUGUGCUGAAAAUGCGCGAAUUUCAGUCAUUCGCCGAUACUUUUUUGGGGCAGCGAUUGGCCGCGGAGAGCGUAUUGCAAAAUAUGCCAAAAACGUCUCAAACGCGGCGUUUCCACGAAAAUUUCGAUGUUUUCUCUCUUUAAUGUCUCUUCUUUCGUCGAUAUUAAACAGAAAAAUAUCGGAAAAGUGUGCUGGAAUUGCGGCAAUUUUCAGAAAACGCGUCUCAGAUUAGGCCACGCCCCUUUCUACACUUUUGGUCGCCGUGGCAGCUGUUUUUGAUUUUGAUUUCAGUUCCUUCGAGACUUGCUGACCGCCAGCUAUUACACACAGUAUCCCGAGUCGAAUUGUUCGGAUAAAAACGGAGGACAGACUUCUGUAAGCUUUUCAGUGAUUCAUAGUAGCACUAGACGAGAACCGGUUAAAUUCAGGACACUACAACCGCCCAAAAAGCGUCGCGAGCGUCUUCGUUCGAAUGGCUCAACAACACGGAAGAGUACAAAAAGUACGAGGAAUGCUGCUCCUCGGACGAGGCGGAUCGCGAAGUGGCCUCGAUCGGAAUGGCCACGCAGACGGACGUGUUGCUGAGGAAAAAGUGAGUCAUUUGGGCUUUGAAUAUUUGAAACGUUUUAACAAUCGUGAGGCCAAUCACAAUUGUGCACGAUUGUUAAAUGCUUAACUAUGAAUCAUGUUUCAACGGGUGUAAAACACUGUAAUAAAAGGGCACUCAAAAAAGUCAGAAGAACACAUCUCAGCGCUCGAUGGAGAUAUCAAAAAGUUAUCAACUGAUAAAAUGUGUACUAUACAAUUUUUGUACAUUUUAUCUAUCAGUUGACAACUUUUUUCUAUGUCUAGCGGCAGCUGAGAUACAUACGUUUAUUUUUUCCAGAAACUUUGAAGACCUCGAACGAAGUGUGCACGAACUGGAAAACCUGGGCAAUGCACCAUGGUUUCCACCGCCGCCGCCGCCGCCGCCGCCCCCAAUCGACGAAUAUCCUUUCGAUUCUCUGCCGACCAGUCAGUUACAGUACCCCUCACAAGCACUACCGUAUUCCCACACCGUUUUCCAGCAUUCCGAAAGCAGCGAAAAGCGGCGGGUGCGAGAAACGCGGGGAGCAUUUACGAGAAUGCGGCAGCUCUGCCGGAGCUCUUAAAGCUGGCGAGAGAGAAGGAGGAAAAGAUUACAAAAACGGGCGGCAAAAUUGAUAAAAAACCAUUCUCGCUGGAGAAUCUUCCGAUGGUUCAGCGGCUGCACGAGUUUAACAAGCCGCCCGUCGACACGAGUUGUUCCGACGAGAAGAAGAGCAUUACGUACUCUGAGUUCGCGCUCCAAUUGGCAGGUCAGUACGACGCUCCGGUAUUCCGGGGGUAUCUUAUUAGCAAACGUUUUAUUGAUUGACUUCUGUGUUUUCUGUCUCUGUUGUUUUGGAAUAUACCAUUCUUGCAUUGUGUUUAUGUAGGUUAUAACUUCAACCUUUCCAGAUUUGAAUUGUUUCAGAGACAAACGUUUCCAUGUAUUUUCCAAAAAAGAUCGACCGGUUAUUUCGCAUGAUGAACCCCCCAAAAAAGGUGUUCAUGAACACAUAAAAAGUGUAAAAAGUCGUUCGAAUAAAUCACGCGAAUGUGUGCGCAGACUUGCAAUGCGACGGAGAACUUUCUAAGUGUGAAGUGAUCUAAAUUAUUAUUAUCCGCUUGUCAAAAAGUGACACAUCUCCUGAUGUCUUCAUGCUUUUUAUCAUUCCUCUCUCUCUUUCUCUCUUUCUCUCUCUUCUUGUUCACAUAUUUGCGUUUCUGUUCACACUUUCGCGUGGGCGGAGUUUUUGCCCAAGAAGGAAUCAGGUGUCGGUAUCGUGUCAGUCGGGUUGAAGUACAAUAUCAGAACACUGAUUACAUGAUGUACUUGCACAACUAUUAUGAUUUUCAUUUUUACUCCAAUUACGACUAUUAUCACGACGCGUGGGCGUAUUAUUCUCGCGAGAGAUCGCAAAGAAAUGCGAGAAAAAUUAGUGAGUCUUUAGUGGGUUUUUUUUAGGUCAAUUGGCGAUUCGAAUUAGAAAAAAAGUGUAGAACGAUGGGAACUGGGGGGUCUUUUUGAGAAGUUCAUGAUAUCGGUUCCGUCAAACUUUGCAUUGAAUUCAAAGAUUUCAACUAUGUACAUAGUUAUCAAAAAAAAAUAUAAAUAUAUUUUUGCAGAACGAGAUGCUCUGGACGCAUGCUCUUGGCUGAGAAAAGCGGGUUUCUCGAAGUACGCCGACCAGUUUGACGGUAAUUUUUUCUCUUUUUGUGAAACUCCUUUGCAAAACUAGGUCACUUUGCCACCAAGACACUUUGCAACCACUACUAAAAGCGAAACGAUCUUUCUGAGCCGCCUUGUACCAAAAGUGAAGGCACAUUCCAUUCGAAACGAUGCGCGUAACCAAUAUUUUGUCGAGAAUGCCCGAAACGUGUGAAGAUUGUCCCCGCCGUUUCCCAUCUUCUCGAAUGUCUUGAUUCCCCCAUAAAUUUUAACCUUCGUUUGGAGAAUUUGUAUGCUUUACACACACCCCCCUUCCGCCGCCGCUAAAUACCUCUUCUUCUCACCCAUCCCCAAAAUUUAUCCGUUUUUCUCCUCUUUUCUAAUAGCGAAAAAUCGUGUCGCUUCUUGUUGCGCAACGCGGCGCCUAGGGGUAACGGACAGAAGAAGAAGAAGGAGAAGGAGAAGGAGAAGGAGAAGGAGAUUGGCGAAAAACAGUCAGAACCUGCCUAAUUUGACAUUGACAUACCCUCCCAUCAUGUACACGCAACACUCCCCACUUUUUGCUGCCAGACGCCAAGUUUCCUUUGUUUUUUUCCCCGAAGUUCACCAACGCCCACGCCUUUUUCCGCAUACCUUUUGUGUUCCUUUUCCUCCGGUAGUAAUUAAUGGUCCCAGUUGCAAAAUGUCCGGGGCUGAUUACUGACUAGGGAAUGGCCCGCACUUACUUUGGGCUUUUGGAAUAGGACCUAUAUGAUUCGAAAGAGAAUUUCACGGAGAAUCCGAAUCUGCUCUCGAUUUUUGCUAAAGAAAAUCUGCCUGUUUCUGCCACAUUUUCUAGCAAGUUCAUCUUCGGCGAUCUGUAUCUCAAGAACCACGCGUCCGUUGCAGAAGUCGUCAACUAGUAAGUUAACGCAAAUUAUCUCGUGAGUAACUUUGUAGUUGAUCGUCUAUUUUUAAAAAAAUUAGUUUUCGAGUUAUGAACUGUUUUCCUAGAGCAACAAGAAAAAAGUUAGUGCUGGGGUCAGAGCGACGAUAACUCGAAAACUAAUUUUUUUAAAAAUAGACGAUCAACUACAAAGUUACUCACGAGAUAAUUUGCGUUAACUUACUAGUUGACCACUUUUGCAACGGACGCGUGGUUCUUGAGAUACAGGUCGCCGAAGAUGAACUUGCUAGAAAAUGUGGCAGAAACAGGCAGAUUUUCUCGCCAGCCAGUGCUCUUUAGCAAAAAUCGAGAGCAGAUUCGGAUUCUCCGUGAAAUUCUCUUUCGAAUCAUAUAGGUCCCAUUCCAAAAGCCCAAGGUAAGUGCGGGCCUUUCCCUAGUCAGAAACUGGUACUAGACACGAUUUGACACUUUGAAACUGAAUCGGACAUUUUACAACCGUCCUUUCCCACGCGAAAUUAGUCCCCCAAAUUUGUGAUUGGUUGCAAAACAAAACUCGAGUGAUAAAGGGACAUUCAACUUCACUUUAACCUCAAAAACAUUGCAAACAAGACGUUUUGCAACCGCCGCCAGCCAAUUUGAUAGCGAACCGUUCCGCUUUAGUUGUCCAUUAGAGCGUAAACAUUUGUGAGCGAAUUAUCCAAAGCCAAAUGAAAGAUAAGGCAAACAGCACGGCGAGUCAGUCGUUUUCGUUUCCCUUUUCCGUUCCUUGUUUGCCGAUUUUAUUGGCACUGUCUUGAAAUCACUCAAAAAAAAAUAAAAGUUCUGUUGCAGAAGGAAAGUUGCCGAUCAAAGUGUCGUCGAAGGAUCUGGGCAUUCUGGAGGCGGACCUCCGAUCGCUGAGUCGCAGAAUUUCGAUUCUCAAUCGAUGCCACGCCAUGAAAGUGGACAGUGUUCCCAUGAGACGAAGACUUGUGAGUUUCGUGUAUAAAACAACUGACAUUUUUACUUGACCAUUCGGACGACGGUUAUUCUAUAAAAAUGUUAGAGGAAGAAAACUGAAAGUUCACUAAAAAAUUUCGACAAAAUCAAACUUCCAGAACAACGAGUAUUCGCGUGUGGACGCGUCGUCGAAGAACGAUGAUAAUGUGAGUGAGCGCCGUCCACUCUUCGCCUUCGUUUCCCUUUUUCAUCCGCUAUUAAUGACUCUCACUCUAAUCAGGCCACCCAGCUUUCCCUUUUCCGAACGUUUCUUCUGAUUUUCCGCCCAAAAGUGACAAAAAACACUAAUUUCCACCCGUUGAUAAUUCGCUAAUUAUAUUAUCAAUUUCCUUUUUUUUUGUCGCAUCUUCUUCUUCUUGAUUAUGUGAUUAUAGGGGCGGAAAUCAGGGGGAGAAACAAGAGAUAUCUUCGUCUUCGGAAGGAAGUGGAUGAUAUCCCCCGUUUUCUGAUAUUAUCCACUUCCCACUCCGUCGUCGACGCCUUUUAUCGAUUUCCUUCCCAGUGUUUUCAGAAUUGGCGCUACGGUACUUGGACGCGUGCACCAGCCCCUUCUUCCAGUGAUUAUGCCUAUCACCACGGAUCUCUGAACAGACCACGCCCACCUCCGACCACUUCCAAUUCCACGUGGCAUUUCCCAGUGCCCGAGUUAGUCCGAGUUUGACUUUUGUUCGCGUUUUUUCACGCAAACUUUUUCGACAAUUCAAAAACAAAAAAAAAACGAGUGUGUAUUUUUAGACCAAGUCGAAUGACUGAAAGCCAAAAUCGCAAAGUGCUGCGGACUGAUUGGUAUGAGGCACAGAAUACACGUGGCAGAGUUAAUGAGUGGGUCAAGUUUUUCGAUUUUUUCUUGAAACAUUUUCGGUGAAAAACCUGUGCUCAAAAACACCUCGUCACUUUGUUUUUCACACACGCACACACACACUUUCAGAUGAACUAAAACAUCACCAUCAAAAUGUUCCGGUUCACUUCUCCACCGAUUCUUUCAGAAAUCUCGACGCGGCCUCCACAGCGGCUUGUGUCAACGAGCUGAACUCGGCCAAACUGCAAAGGUCUCAGAGCGAACGGAUCAAGGAUCGCGCCAGAGCGAUCAUGAAGAAAAUGGACCUGCGGUCACAGAAUAAGUGAGUUUGUACUCCUUUUUCUUUUUUUUGUUUAAAGAACUUUUUGAAGUUGAGCUUCUUUUCAGACGCCCCAAAGAAGCUCGAGCCCGACCGGUUCCUCUAUCCAUCGGGGAUCCUGUGCUCGUCUCCUACGACACUCCGAAGAAUUCGAUGAGGUCGCAUCACAUUGACAGACCUUCCAUUCUACCAGGUAUGACUUUUUGAAUUGAAUUUUGAGUCUGCAAGGUUUGACGUGAAUGCUAAUCUUAACAUUCUAUUCCUAUCUCCUGUCAAACUUACAUUUCUUAACAAAAUUCCCAUCGUUCCCAUUGACAUUGGUUUUGUUCAGAACGAGGCCGUCAACUGUAUCAGAGUGCCGGUUAUCCGGCUCGCAGUAAAUCUAUCGCUCAAAACCGGAGAGUCGGUCUCGUUUUCAUGACGCCGACGAGUCCGGACCAGAAUUCCACGAUCGAACCAGCUUUCGGUGGAUUCUCGGAUCGAGACACCUCGAUUUCGAUGUCCCGAUCCGACUACCGCGGCCGCCGGGAACUAUCGAUGCCUCCACCGUCGCGACACCGGGUCAACCACGUGAUUCCCAUGCUUCCGAACCACGACGGUACCCUGCGUCGCCGCGAAAUCAUGCCGUUUGACUCGUAUUUGUAUCCGGGAAUGUCCGAAAGGUUUUCCUAUUUCCUAUUUGACGCUCUCCUUUCCUAAGCAUGCUUUUUAGAAGUUACGAGAACUCCAAAAGCUCGAAUCUGUUUCCGGAACAUCAGAAAGUCGAAGAGAAGCCCACAGAUUCUAACAAUAUCAGCAUGUUCAACGACGGAUACUACACGCAUGGUUUGACUUUCUCCUUUCUUUUUCUAAUAACAAAAACGCUCGACCGCACUGAUCGACCAAUUUGAGAGCAGUGCGAUGGAGCGCUGUUGGCAAUUACCACCCUUAUAAGAACAAUUUUAGAAAUGAAAACCUCGCUGCCACGUCACAACAACCUCAAAGUGAACACGGAAAAGACGGAAGUGCUGUCGAGUUCCGAGGAAACCAAGACGACGCUGACGAGACGCAGUGAUUCGGGGCUCGGUUCGAGUCUCUCCAGAAGCCCAAGCGGUCCGUACACCCAAAGAAUCCGCCAGUCCCUUCUACCGUAUCCCGCGCCCGCAGCCACGUUCUCCGGCAACAGCUCCGCGUUCUCCUGCUGCUCAUGGUCUUCGUCGACGAAACAGAACGAGAUGUACGGCUCUAUGCGAUCGAAUUCACUCGGCGAAGAGUGCGGUAACGAGUUCACCGACAUCGAAAUGGCCAGAUCCAUAGACAGUCUCAACUUGAUCGAAAUGUCGAAGCUCCGAAAAACCGCGCACGUGCGGUUGACGUCGAUUCUCGAAAGAGCCAUGGACGGAAAGUAUUCGCUUUCGGAUCCGGAACACGAGGAGCUGCCGUCGAAACAAGUGUGGAGUGUUCAGCGACUGAUAAAACGGAUGAAGAUUACGGAUGCGACGAAGGGAAACAAGGAGAACGAGGAUGGGGGCACAAUAUUCGGAGUCGGAUUGGACACAAUCUACCAGAGAACCGGAUACUUCCUUCCAAGACCCAUCUUGGAAAUUAUGAACUUUUUGAGAAAUGUGGCCCCGGAGACUGUGGGAAUCUUUCGCAAAAACGGAGUGAAAUCCAGAAUCGCGGAACUUCGCGCCAUCAUCGACAACAAAUCGGUGGGCAGCUCGGACGUCUUCGUCGGCGAAAAUAGUUUGGACUCGACGCAAGUGCAUGACGUGGCAGACCUUCUGAAACAGUACCUCAGAGACUUGCCCGAACCGCUCAUGACCGUCAAGAUGUCCGAAGUGUUCGCCAAUAUCUGCUCGAGUGUUCCGGAUGUGGAUAGGUAGGAUUGGCGCUACAACGAGGGAAGUGUUACGAUUUGGAACUCGCAACGGUAAAAUAUAACUGCGAGUUCCAAAUCGUAACACUUUCAUUCCUUCUACUUGGUUGUAGAAUUUACGAUGGGAAACUGAAAAAAUUGUAAUAAUUGCAGACUGACAGCUCUUCAGUACGCGAUCGUUCUGAUGCCAGAUGAAAAUCGUGAGGCUCUCAAGACUCUGUUGCUGUUUUUGAAGGAUGUCUCUAGAAACGCACAAGUGAACAAUGUAAGUUGAGAAAUUGAAUCACAAAUCAGCAAACCCUUUUGUUUCCAGAUGACCGCCCAAAAUCUGUCCGUCUGCUUCACUCCCUCUCUCUUCCAACUCGGCGCCUCUCGGCUCGACAAGCUCACUCCAGGAAGCCGUCGCCACAAAACAGUCGGAGCAACCGGACUGCCGACGGACAAAGAAAUGAAGGAGGCGAGGGCGUGCCAACUGUGUCUGACUAUGCUCAUCGAGUAUGCUCAGACUGUCUUUAUGGUGCCAGACGUUGUGGAUGAGCGGUUAGUUAUCGGAAAAAGUUGAGGUUCUAACUAAAUGCCUUUCAGUUCGGAUGCCGAAGAGGACAUUCCCAGUUUGACUGAUUUGGGUCUCAAGGGUCCCCGAUCGUUCCUCGUCGACCGAGUGAUCGACAUGAUCCGAGAUCACUCGGACGGCUGGAAGAGUUGGACUCUGGAAGGAAGCCAUCGGGGCGUCGAGAUCACUUCGAAGCGCCCGACAGACUCGCACCCGCUCAAAACGUUCCGUGUCUGGAUGGACGUCCCCGCGGCGCCCAAAUCGGUAAUGAUGCGUAUUCUCAAGGAACGCUACGCCUGGGACACGUCUGUCAUCAACUGGCGCCACGUGGAAUACGUCAGCGCGCCGGACACUGACAUCCAUCAAUACGUGAUCAACGAGACGAUCGGUCACCCGACGAAAGACUGCCACGUGGCACGAUUCCACUCCUCUGGGCUCACGGAGAUCCGAGGCGCCUGUGCGAUUGCGGAGAGGAGUGUCAAGUGCGCCGAGGAUCAGUUAUUGGGCGGCGUGUCGGCCACGAUCUUCGACCAACGGUUCCUGAUCGAGCCGGUCAGUGGCGGAAUGUCACGGGUCAAUUAUAUCGCUCGCGUUGAUCUCAAGUGAGUUUUUAUCCAAAAUAAUAGACUUUAAUAUGCUACAAAAUUACGUUUUCAUGUUAGAAAACGCAGUAUGAAACUCUAUAUAAACCCAACUUUUUUCAGGGGUCGCUCCUUACAAUGGUACAACAAAUCGUUCGGCUCAACCAUGUGUCGCCACGUGGAUCACCUACGCCAAUCGUUCGUUUUGCCAGACAGAGGCGGCCCAGAAACUAAUGUCUAA